CUGCGGUUUGUCACCAGCCCGUUCAGUCUCUGUCGGGAUGACCGUGACUCAUGACCCGAGGCCGAUGACCUAUGCCAAAAUUAGAAGGCUGGUGUCAUUCUUCUCAGCUCUGCUCAAGGGGAAGAAAGGCGGCUUCAGUGACUUCAAACACAAACUGUCCUCUAAUCAGCCCCUCUGCCAACACCUGGACAGGCAGAAAAUCAUCCCGCCUGAGAGCGGCCGGCGAGGACAGAGGGAGGAGAGGGUGAUCUCAGUGAACCCUGAUGGCCCUCAGGUGACACCAUCAGAUUUCGACUACCUCAAAGUAAUCGGCAAAGGAAGCUUUGGAAAGGUGCUGCUGGCGAGACACAGAGAGAGUGGAGGCUAUUAUGCUGUGAAAGUGCUGCAGAAACAGAACAUUGUCAAGAGGAAAGAGCAGAGACAUGUGAUGGUUGAGAGGAGUGUGCUGCUGAAGGGGCUGCAACAUCCGUUCCUGGUGGGGCUUCACUUCUCCUUCCAGACACCACACACUCUUUAUUUCGUCCUGGACUACGUUAACGGAGGGGAGCUCUUCUACCACCUGCAGAGAGAGGGGCUGUUUCCUGAGCCCAGGGCGACAUUUUACGCAGCAGAGAUGGCCUUGGCGCUGGGCUACCUGCACUCUCUCAGAAUCGUCUACAGAGACCUCAAACCGGAGAACAUCUUGCUGGACAGCGAGGGCCAUGUGAUGCUGACAGACUUCGGCCUGUGUAAAGAGGGCGUCUCCAUAGGCGGGACUAUGCAGACAUUUUGUGGGACCCCUGAGUACCUCGCCCCAGAGGUGCUCCAAGGCCACCCUUACAGUCCAGCGGUGGACUGGUGGGGCCUGGGCUGUGUCCUGUUUGAGAUGCUCUACGGGCUGCCUCCUUUCUAUAGCCACAGCAAAGCGGAGAUGUUUGAGAAGAUAAUUAACGCUCCUCUGAGGCUCCGUGGCGGCGUGUCCCCAGCCGCCCGCUCCCUGUUAGAGGGCCUGUUGGAGAGGGACUGCUCGAAACGCCUCGGGGGGAACCAGGACUUUGUGGAGCUGCAGAGCCAUCCACUGUUUGAGUCCAUCAGCUGGGACGAGCUCCUGGCUAAGAAAGUUACACCCCCCUUCGUCCCCAAAGUGACAGGCCCUUGUGACGUCCGCUACAUCGACCCCGAGUUCACGCUACAAACUGUGCCCGCCUCUGUGGGCUUGACGGACAGGUGCCAAGGGGGCGGGGUUAGUGAGGCCUUCCCAGGGUUCUCCUACAUGCGCCCGCUGGAGUGCGAGGUGGCAGAGCCACUUUCAUAAUUCAUCCAAACCUUGGAAUACGCCG